UGCAAUGUGGUUGGAAGGGCGUAUAGUACGGCUAAAAUGCCCUCCACCGGGUUUACACCCAAAGAGUACAAGGGCCCAACAUACGAACAACUGGAACAUUUGAAGUCGAAACAUAUGCCGCCAGCGAUACCUAAUUCUUACAAGAAACCGGUGCUAUUACACCAGGGUCACAUGCAGUGGCUCUUCGAUCACGAGGGCAAAAGAUACUUGGACCUGUUUGGGGGAGUCGUUACUGUCUCAGUGGGAAAUAGUCAUCCGAAGCUAAACGCAGCUCUCAAAGAACAAAUCGAUUUAAUAUGGCACACGACGAACUUGUACCGGCAUCCAAGAAUAUAUGAAUACAUAGAGAAAUUGUCGUCUAAAUUACCCGAUGAUCUUAACGUCGUCUACUUAGUGAACAGUGGAACAGAAGCAAACGACCUGGCCACCAUCCUGGCGAAGGCGUACACGGGUAACUUGGACGUGAUAUCGCUCCAGACCAGCUAUCACGGAUACAACAGCAGCCUCAUGGGGCUAUCUGCCACACAGUCGUACAGAAUGAACCUCCCCGUACCGCCGGGAUUUUAUCACGCUGCACAUCCAGAUCCGUACCGAGGGAGCUGGGGCGGCUGCAGAGACUCCAUUUCGCAGGUGGCCGGCGCGUGCUCGUGUCCCGGCGAAUGCGUUAGCACCGAAAAAUACAUUCAUCAACUCGACGAGCUCCUAGGUAAUUCUGUACCAGCCGGCAGAGUAGCAGCGUUCUUCGCGGAAUCUAUCCAGGGUGCCGGUGGAGUGGUGCAGUUCCCUAAGGGAUACCUGAAGAGAGCUCAAGAGUUGAUUCGGAAGAAUGGCGGCUUGUAUGUAGCUGAUGAGGUCCAGACGGGUUUCGGUCGUACCGGAGACCACUACUGGGGCUUUGAGACGCACGGCGUGAGGCCUGAUAUCGUGACGAUGGCCAAGGGGAUCGGCAACGGUUUCCCUCUGGCCGCUGUCGUCACCACUAAAGAGAUAGCAGCCGCCCACAGCGGAAAAUCGUAUUUCAACACUUUUGGAGGAAACGCUUUGGCCGCAACAGUUGGAAAGGCCGUUUUAGAUGUUAUUGACGAGGAAGAACUUCAAAAGAACAGCAAAACUGUUGGCGAAUACUUCAUCAGGCAGUUGAUGGAGCUACAGAAGCAGCAUCCAGUGAUUGGCGAUGUGAGAGGACAGGGCCUCAUGAUCGGGGUCGAGCUGGUCGAGCCUGGCACUAAGAAACCCCUGCCGGUGUCCCUUGUGAAAGAUAUACACGAAGAGAUUAAAGACAAUGGAGUUCUAGUUGUACUUGGCGGACGGUGGAGUAAUGUGUUCAGAAUGAAGCCGCCGAUGUGCAUCACGAAGGCAGACGUUGAUUUUGGUAUUUCGGUAAUCGACGACGCCAUUAAGAAGGUCACCAAGAAAUGAUAAUUGUUUUGAAACGGAUUACUGAGAUUUUGGCGGAAACGCUGUGGAGCGAACUUUAGAUGAUUUUUAUAAUUUGUUAAGUUUAGUGAUUCUUCAGGUUUAAGCGUCUAAAAAUAGUACUUUAUUAAACGUUCAGCAUCUGUGAAAGUGCAUAAGUGUGGAAAAAUGAAACAAGGUCG